AUGACAGCUCCCGAAAAGAGUCCCAUGCACUGGUCCGCCUUUCCCGAUGUCCCAAUAUACCUCGACACAGGGAACAAUGGACGAAACAUGGGACGAACAUAUGGAACUACACCAACAACACCAACAACACCAGAGAUCAUCCCACAAAAUCGACCAACAUUUUUGAGUCCUGCACAUGCAAAUGCAGUUCCAGUUAGCCCUGUCGAGCCGAGCCCAACCACCACUAUCGAAACUUCAAGCCAUCGCUCAAUGGUCUGGCCAAUCCCUGAGCCUCCACCAGAGGUUGUUCAACAAAAUCAGACAAGACGCCCACUUCUACGGUUCUUUCCCACCGACCGUCCAAGACUUCGGCUUGAAGGGCUUGGUGCCAACGCACCAAUGCAAUAUGAUCCUGAGAGGGCCGAUAGUAAGCACUCAAGCAUACCUAAUAACGGACUUGGUAUCCACAAUGGCCCACCCAAUGCACCUCAUAUAUACAUCCAGCCUCCACCUAUUGAGAGCGAAAAGUCUGAACCAGCUACGAAUAUCGCACAACGCAUCGAAGAAAAAUUGUGGCGAUGGAAUUCAUCUGGUAAUGUCGUGGAACGAUGGAUGCUGGAGAUCGUUAGCUGGCUCAUCAGUGCUAUAUGCAUGGGAGCCAUCGUCGCUGUCCUGAUCGUACUCAGGGAUCAACCUGCCAACAAAUGGCCAUUUGAUAACAUGGGCUUAACUCUAAACGCCUUUGUAUCGAUUCUCUCUCGUAUCGCUGGCGCAGCGCUUCUUCUCCCAGUUGCGGAAGCCCUAGGCCAGUUGAAGUGGAGCUGGUUCGUGAAAGGUGACUCCAAGAAGAUGUGGGACUUUGAAAUGUUCGACAACGCUUCAAGAGGCCCAUGGGGUGCAUUCCUACUACUCAUACACACCCGUGGAAAAACUAUCGCCGCCCUUGGGGCUCUCAUUACAAUUUUUUGUCUUGCACUAGACCCAUUCUUUCAACAAGUUGUCAGCUUUCCUGAGCGUUGGACCCUGCAAAACGCAACUAGCGCUCUACCAAUAGUCAUUCGAUACGAACCACAAUAUCCUGUCGAGUACGUGAAUGGAUUGUUUACUGCUCAGUACGAUCAGGACAUCUUGGGGGUUGCAGACACUUUUUUCCUCGGUAAUGGCACCCAAGCAAUACCAUAUGGCAAUGGUACUCGCCCUGAUAUUCCACUCUCUUGCCCCACCAGCAAAUGCACAUGGCCCUCGUAUGAGACGCUCGGCAUGUGUAGUCAAUGCGUCGAGUUACCGCAGCUUCUGACCUUCGCAUGCAUGUACACACGGGUUGAUUGGACAUCUGAGCUCAACACAACAGUUUCCUCCUAUCCCAAUGCCACAGUAUGCGGGCACUUUCUGAAUGCUACAUCCGAAGAGCCAGUCCUCAUGUCAGGAUACAUGGUCGACGAAAAAGGAGAGCCCGUCGGGGAGGCUUUGCUCAUGCGCACCCUACCGCUCGUGACAAAUCCACAACGAGAGUCGCUCUGGGGUGGAUCAAUCAACUUCAAAAAUAUCCGCAAUCCACUCGAAAAUGUUUUGAUUUCCAGUUCGAUCGGCCGAUCCCAUGUCUACGCCAACGAUACACCAACUUUACACGAAUGUGUUGUGUCAUGGUGUGUAAAGACCAUCGAAUCAUCGUAUUUGUCUGGGAUAUACUACGAGAAUGUUACCUCAACUUUCUAUAAUGAAACGAACGAGGAGUUUCCAUGGAUUGCUGAGUUCGACUCAGAAACCGGCGACACCUGGACUUAUUAUAACGAAAAUGUCACAAUCUCAGCGCCUUCUACUAGUCAAAAUGUCACCGAGAACGGCUGGGGUGUCAACAAUGAGACAAUGUUGUUCACUGUCAUGGUUUUCGACCGAGUGUUCCCAGCCUUCACAACGGCCACAGAUGAUGAAAGUAUACCACUAAUCAGGUGGAGGACCGGUUCGCCAACCGACGUUCGAACCAGGGAGCCGGAAUUUAAUCCAUGGCUAUCUCCCAACAAUGUUUCGCGUCACAUGGAGCGAAUGACGACUUCAAUAACCAACGCGAUCCGAUCUUCAUCAAGCAAUGAGAUGAUACAUGGCGAAGCAUUUGAGAGAGAGGUAUAUGUCUUGGUACGUUGGCCAUGGCUAUCUCUUCCUGUUGGACUACUGCUAGUUAGUUUCGUUUUCCUGCUGGCGACGGUGAUCAAAUCUGCAUCGGAGAAAGAUCAAGUGGGAAUCAGGAAGAACUCUGCAAUUGCAACGUUACUCUAUGGACUCCCCGAUCGUUACCAGAAACGUCUCGCCAAACCCGAUCCUAAGAUGACCCCAAGAGAAAAAGCUAAAGAUCUGAAAGUAAAAUUAUCGCCAACUACAGGGUGGAGGGUAUCGGGUAAUGUCUUCACCCCAGUAACUCCAACCAUUCCGAGAAAUCUGCCACCACCAGGGUGGAUCUGAUUCGUCAUUACCAAAUUAAACUUAACUUCUUCAAAUUCUGGGGCCACCACCUGGGACGUUCGCUCCUUUCCUUGCAUCUCUCUUACUAGGACCGCCACCUGGGACGUUUGCUCCUUUCCUUGCGUCUCUCU